AUGCCGGAAAUAGACUUCUUCCUCAACCUCCUCAACCUUGAACAUCUACCCCCCUUGCCAGAGGAUCCCGUCAAGAGAGCCGAUAUCGAAUCCGUACUACAAAAUGGAUACGUCGCUCUUGACAACCUCCUCACAGAAGAAGAUGUCCAGUCCCUUAGGGAAGAAGUUGACCGUAUGACGGGUGAGAAUCCACGAACUGGGCGUCAUAUGUUUGAGGGUAGAGAUACUGUUAGAAUUUAUUCCUUGUUAAACAAGUCGCGCAAAUUCGACAAGUGCUGUCUCUUCGAUCGUGUCCUUGCUUUAAAUGAGUAUUUCUUGAUGAAGGGCUAUACUAUCUCGGCCACGUCGACUAUCCAGAUUAACCCGGGAGAGAAGCCUCAAUUGUUUCACCACGACGAUGGAUACACAUACCUUCCUCGUCCUCGCCCGCCAAUGGGCGUUGCUAUCAUGAUUGCAAUCGAUGACUUUACAGCAGAGAACGGUGCGACUUUGAUGGUACCUGGAAGCCAUCUCUGGGACUCCAAAAGGAGACCGACUAUGGAAGAGGCCGUGCCUAUGGUGGGCAAGGCUGGCACCGUUUUCUACUUCCUCGGUACAACUUGGCACUGCGGCGGUUCCAACAUGACUAAUAAACCUCGCCGUGCAGCGACCAUCCAGUACUGUCAGCCAUACAUUCGUGCCGUCGAGAAUCAAUUCCUCGCCGUUGACCCUCGUCGUCUGUCUGAGAUCCCGGAUGAUAUCGUCAAGAUGAUGGGAUACGGCUUACAGAAGCCCUUUAUCGGAUACGUGGAUGGUCUGGAUCCCCUCAAGGGAGCAAGGCGUAUGGUCGACUGGCUUCAGCAACCUCUUGAUAUGCAGCCUCCUGCUUUUGCAACGAUAGUCUAG